AUUCCAGAGGAUCUUCAAGUUCUUGUUUUCCUCGAUGGCUUUAAUGAAACUAUUAAAGAAGAUUUUAUUGGACCACGAGUUACAACUUUACAUUUCUUUGACAUACUCAAACCUUUAGAACCAAAAAAAUCAAUUCCUUCAACUGUCAAAAAUAUAUACUUUGAAAAUGGCUUUAAUCAACCUCUUAGUAGCGAUGUUGUUCCAGAUUCAGUCAAAGAGAUUCAUUUCUUUGAUAUCAAGUCUACUCUUACACAAGAAUCAUUUUCAAAAUCUAGUAAAUUAAACACAGUUUAUUUAGAAAAUGGGUUUGGCCAAGUAUUAGAGGAUGGAAUAUUACCACCAACAUCAACUAUUAGAAUAAAUAAUAUUUCUCAACCACUAUCAAAAGGAUCAAUUCCAGAUGGAACAGAGUACGUUGUUUUUGAAAAUGGUUAUAGCCACGAAAUAGUUGAAGGAGUUGUACCAUCUACAACAGUACAAUUAGUUUUUAAAGAUAUUAAAAAACCAUUAGUCCAAGGUUCCAUCCCA